CUUGCAUCUUCCCUUCACGGGCGCAAUCCAGUACUGUAACCAGAUCUAACGAGUCAUUCCAAAGCCAACAUCGGAUUGACGCAAGUGUCUGGCGAUCGCGAAUUGAUCACCAAUCGAGCGUAGCACUGUCAUGACACGUCGCAAAGGGAAGGGCGGCCGAAACAAACAAAAGGCUGGCCAGCCCGUCCGUCUUUCAUCGAACAGAUCGCCGAGUCCUAUAUCGAAUCUACCGGUCGAGCUUCUGCUCGCGAUCUUCAAAACUGGCAUACCCAUAUCAUUUGAUCCAACAUGGUACCUCUAUGCGUCCAAACCUCUGGAGGUCGCCGUCAGCCAAGUGUGCAAGCUGUGGCGCUCGAUCACCAUUGACGCUGCAGAGCUUUGGACCGUCAUCUGCGUCCGACCCACUAAUGCGACCUCGCGACGGCGCGCCCAUGAGUACGCUCACAGGUCGCGAGAUCAACCGGUCACGGUCCAUGUCUACUUCCAGGAGUUCGGUACCAUCUUCUUCGGUCCUCCUGGUGUGGAUUUACUCAAGCUUCUCGCACCACGGCUCAGGGAGCUCAUCUUGACGGACCCUCAGGGCGAGUACAUUGGCAGAGUUCUGGAAUGCUUCGACGAAGCCCCCAACUUGCAGCGUCUGGAGUACGCUCAAACCCCUGUGCGCGGUGACCUGGUCAAUCACGACCGGCAUAGUCCCGCCGAUGAACCUGCCUCUGAUCCUGGCGCCCCCCAUUUCCCAUCUCUGCGACAUCUCAAAGCCAAUCAUGUAUGCCUUAUCUGCCUCCCGCCACUCGUCAAUCUUGUCUCUCUCCAUGUCACCAACCUCUCUAGCGACAAUCCCACUGUGCUCGCAGGCAUCAUACAUGAUUGUCCGGCUUUGCACACGCUUGUCCUUCCCAAGUUCCAACUGCGUUGGAAGGAGAAUCCAUAUAAUGCCACAAGGGUGCAGCCGGUGCCCAUCAUCGUAGCGCCGUCUAUCAAGCGGUUCGCAGCGCAAUUCACCAGUGUACCAUACCAACCCAGGCGCCGUUCUGAGCCAACUAUCCGUCUCUCCAUGCCCAACCUGGAAUACUUCGAGCUUUACGAGGAAGAAGGCGACGAGAUCCGCUUGAGCCUCCUCUUCCCAGCCCAAGAUGGCUCCUCGAGCCCCUUCCCCUCGCUUCACACACUCCGCCUACAAAUAACCUCCAGCUAUCGGGACUCCUCUUUUCUAUCGUCACUCACGGCCAUUCGCCACCUCAUUUUGGUCAUCCCAAUGCCGCUGCCGCUGAUUACAGAACAUUGGUGGCCAAUUCUGGAAACUCUGCACGUCAGGAUCGACACAACCUCAAACGCUGAUACAGACGAUUCAGAUGAAGAAGACCAGGAGCUCGUUGAGAGCGAACUUAAAGAUUUCCUUUGCAAGUUCGCGACCAGGAGGCCAGUAUGGCGUAGAUUUUGAUGAUAAAAUUACCGCGGACGCGCUUUCACGCCGCGCAAUCGCGCUUUGUCUGGGGGAGGUUCCGGGCGUCCCGUGGUGUAUAUUGAGCCUCUCCCUCACCCUUUGCACCCUUAGAUGGCCAUGGAAGUGAUGGUGGAGGAAGAGAAAGCGUCGUCGACGCUGUUCGGCCAUUGCCGACCAGGGCGGCAAGUCGGUCCGCGAUCUCCACCUCAACUGCCAUCUUUCCCUUGAUCUUCCCCUUCUUCCUUGCGUCGUAUCGUGCAGCAAGACAGUGAAUCAACCAUAACCACUUAUCAACCAUGUGAUGAAUUAUUACUGGAUGUUCAUGAUCUGUCAUGUCUUUACUCACUUCAACUCAUGCACGCUAUGCAAGGCACUAC